UGGAUGAUGAGCGACCGCGUGAGAAAGGUAGACACUCUUCGAUAGGUGGCUAAUGGUUAGUUUUUACUAUCAGUGACUGACCAUUGGUGCUCACCAUGCAACCACUAAAAAACGGGAGUAAAUUAUCAUCAAAUAGUACAUUUAGUGCAGUGUAAUGUGAUUAGACUACUAGCUUGCUGCUAUAUGCGUUCCAUGGCACUGAUCGAUAGUAGUGCCAACAACACAAAUAAAGAGAGAACGAAAUAGAAUGGACGAUUCCAGUGAGGAGCCUAUUCUAGAGCAAAACUCGCUUAUUUCUGAGCAUCAGCAGCCAUCAGUAUCUGCACCAGCAUACAGGGGCAAAAUUCUGCUGGAGCCACCGGUGCUUCUACUAAAUUACGCGUUUUUUGUUUCAUCGGCCGUUUUAACGGACCAACUCAUAUACCAGGCAUGCACCGUUUCGUUUGGCGUUAAUAAAUCGGAAUGUGCCCAGCUGGGGAAAGAACAUGAAUCGGCCGAUGUGCAAGCUCUGGAGGCUCGAGUGCAGCCUUACACGGCGAAUAUCCUGAUGGUGGAAUCGAUGAUUAAUUCUAUCCUCCCCGCUGUGCUGAACUUAUUCAUCGGCCCAUGGUCGGAUCGAUUCGGCCGCAGGCCAGUGCUGCUAGCAACGUUUAUCGGGUGUCUACUAUCCUACCUGCUGGAUACUGUGAUAUGUUUUCUUUCCAGUCAGUAUAUGGUCAAUCCUUGGUUCUAUUUCAUAACCUGCAUUCCGAUGGCAUUAACCGGGUCCAUUUGUACUCUUAUGACAACGGUUUAUUGUUACAUUGCGGAUGUAACUGACGAGCAAAAUCGAAGCACCAAAAUGGCUAUUCUAGAGGCGGUUCAAUACAGCGGAAUGCUGUUGGGCAAUCUCAGUAGCAGUUAUUUGCUACGAAUGACCAAUGCUACCACAGUAUUUGCUGUUUCGACUGGAUCGGUUUCUCUAGCCGUGCUGUACAUUGCAUGCCGAGUUCAGGAGAGUGUUGUCCUAGAGGAAGCGCAACGCAGGGCGGACUUCUGCACCAAAGUGCGCUAUCUAUUCCGUCCAGAUUUAGUGCUAGAUACCUUCAAAACUACAUUCAGCAGUCGAGGAAAACACAACCGAGCUAUAAUUUUGAUGGGAAUAGUAGCAGUAGGAGCCAACUUUUUUGUUUAUGAGGAGAAUUACACGAUCCUCUUUCUUUUCAUGAGAAAGCAGUUCAACUGGGGUGUGCGGAAGUUCACCAUGUAUAAUACGGCCAACACAAUUUUCCUGAUAGUGGGGAAUCUGCUCGGCUCGUAUGUACUACAAAAGCGAUUAGGUUUGACCGAAUCUGGAAUAGCUGCAAUAGGUUUCUACAGUGCUUUUUUGGAUAGUCUUGUAAAGGCCGUCGCGACUGAAUCGUGGCAAUUGUAUUUGGCCGUCACACUGUGCCUACUGAAAGGUGUUUCGGAUCCAAUGUCGAGGGCAUUCGUCUCUAAUGCUGCACCACCGGAAGAUAUCGGCAAGAUCUUUGCUCUGUCGUCCACAUUCGAAGAACUGGUACCGCUAGCCGCGGCCCCCUUGUAUACCUUGGUGUACAAGCAAACGCUGCCGUGGUAUCCAGGAGCUUAUAAUUGGAUUAGCUGCGGGAUUUACGCCUUCUGCUACAGUUUAGCAAUGACUGUUUGCGUGCUACAAUCAAUGCAAAAAACAACCGGGUAUCGCUAGUGUUACGUACGUUUAUAUUACUGUAACGUUAGUAUCGGGGUUUCGAAAGAAUUCUUGGAAAAAUGCAGUCAAAGUUGCCACCCACAUUGGAUCAGGAAGUCUGAUAUUACGUUCUCGAAUGUUAAGGCGCUAAUGAUAAUUCCAAUUUCUCUAACGUUGUUUAGUGUGUAUGAAUAAAACGAAUGUUUCAUUGAA